AUGAGCAGAAUAUCUAAAGAAAUUGAAGAUGAAGAGUCAAUAGUUAUUGGAGAAGAGGAAUCAAUGAGACUUUCAUAUUUGAGUAAUUUAGAGUAGGAGUUUUAUAAUAAACCUUAUAAGGAAUACAGCAUUUAGCUUAAGAGAGGUACAAUAGUUCACAAGCGUAUUAAAUACACAAAUGUUCAUAAGAGAGUAUUACUAUUAAAAGCCAUCACAGAUUAGCCAAAUCUCAUAUAAUUUAAAAGUUAAAAUAAUUCAGGCAUGAUUAUAGAAUUAAACUAAAGCGACUAUUUAAGAUUAAAGUUUACUCCACCAAAUAAUCCUUGUAUAAUUAUUGCUAGAAUAGCAUUAUUAGAUCAUUUAGAUACAAACUAAGUUGCAAAUAGUUAAGAAGAUAAAAGUCAAUAUGCAAUAAAUAAUUUAAAAUAAAAAAUGUUAGAAGGAUUAGAGUUUAGAGUUGAAAUCAUAUGA